AUGGAGAUCGAGGUGGAUGGUGCACCAAACCAACAGAUUGCGUCUCCUGACGAAGCAUCCGACAACGUCAUGUACUUUCGGACCAUCAUGAAAUCCCCUGUCCGAAAAGCUUCGACUGUAGUGAGGAGCAAGGAAGCAGGGCAGAAAGCGGUCCACUUGGUGGUUUCAUCCAAAGAGAGCUGCCUGGAAGUUAUAAAAGACUCAGCUCACGAGUUGAUUCAUCUCUUCGACGAGAACGUGUUCGGAACUAUCUGGGAUCUCAAGGUUCACAACUAUGACUUUAUAGCUCGGGAGGAUAUCGAACUGAUGGUGGUGAGACAGGCGAUAUCUGUUGAGCAUGUCACUUCAGCGCGUCUUCCGGACGCAUUUCAAGGGCUAGGCAUGGACUCCGGUCAAGACCUGGUCCUGAAGGUGAACGAGGUCUUCUUACCCCGAGCGGCCAAGUCGAAGAGCCUGUGGGUCGACAUGAGCGACUUCGAGGAGCACAGGGCAUACGGACAUCGGAUCUCUGUGGCCCCAACAGGCUCAGCUGUGGUAAUCUCAGCGCUGGAGGACAGGAUGUGCAUACUGCCUCUGUCUAAGCGGUUGGAAAACAAGGGACAGAUCUUCGACGCAGAAAUGGACGCGGUUGUACAGCAACUUGUAGCAAAAGUCAUUCCAGUCCCUGGUGGCAAGUUGGGAGCGAUCGCUGAUCUUCAGUUCACGCACAACGAUGAGUCAGGAGAUAACAUUCUUCAUUUUGCAGCUCUUGUCUUGCGUAAGGGGAAAGGAGGUUUUUCCUCGGUGUUAUUGUUCAAAGCAAACCUGGAAUCUAGAACCUGCUUCCUCAUGCGAUCUUUUAACACUCAGUUUUGCCUGACGACGGUGUCCUUGCUUCGUGUUGUAUCGCAGUUUGUUUCGAGCGUGUCCGCUUCAGAUCAAAUUCUGCUGGGAGGGGAAGGAGGGAUUCUUCUGCUUGACACUUCAAGUGCGUCAAACUAUCCAAACAUAGGGAGUGAGGGGAUGUUGGCGACUGACAUGGAAAUUUCACUUUCUGAAAGACGGAUUCCACCAUUGAAUGAGUUAGGCGGGCCAAACACACUUGUCACGUGCAUACAUGUCGCUGAUUGUAAGGAACAUCACGGAAAUAUCAAGCAAAGGGAAAUUAUCUUGAUAAGUACAGAGGAAGGGAAGAUUUGGGUUGCUGAAAUAUUUCAAAAAGCAUCGUUCGAAGUCAAAUUGCUCGGGAGUAUCGAUUCACCCAUAGUUCCUAGCAACAUUGUUAGUAUCCUGGGGCAGGGAGGCUACAGAAGGUUUCUAGUAAACGGCGACAAUGGAGACAGUGCAGUAAUGAUGAUGAGGCUGAAUGGGAAUGAGAUCGAGAUCGAGACUCUCGAAAGACUUACCAUGCUCGGAGUCACGACAGAUUUCACCGUUCUGUCGGACAAAAAUGUCAACGGGGGAGACGAAUUCGAUGUCUUAGUCUGCUCUGGUACGGGAAAGCAUGCAAGCAUUCGGCGGCUCAGGUACGGUUUGCCUGUAGAAACUCACGUCCGGUCAGAGAAAGGCUUGUGCGAUGGCAUCGUUGGGUUGUACACCAUCACAUUUGAGCAGAAGCACGAUCAAUCGUUCCUCUUCAUGGCCUUCACUACUGGCUGCAGAGUUCUCACAGUUGGUUCUGAGCUGAGCGAUGUAACGGAUGACCUCGGACUCAACCCCACUGCACUCACUUUGCAUGCUGCAGCGAACUCAGACGGACAUCUCAUUCAAGUGUCGGACGAGGAGGUCAUAGUCAUCCAGCAACCCGUCUUGGACAGCAUGGAUCUCGACGUCAUUCCUUGCUCGCAGCCAGAGAGAGCAGUCUGGAGACCCGCAGAGAGCACAAAGAUCAGCGUCUCUGCCUCUCUGGGGAACCUCGUCAUGUGCUGCACCUGUGGAGGGACCAGCAUCCACAUUCUCGACACCACAAGAGAUCAAGGCAGUGCUGGAGAGUUUCAGAUCAGAGGAGAGAUCACGAGCUUCAGGAGCAGCGAAGAAGUUUCUUGCAUGGCCAUGACAAGCUUAGGAGCCCACGGUAGCGAAACACGAAAGAUCUCAAUCAUCGGAACUUAUGCUGAUGCUCUCAAGGCGAGGGCAGGCAAGAUUAAGAUCUAUUCCCUCGGGGAAGAGAAGAGGGAAGUUGAGUUGGCUCAAAGCAUCGACCUUGGGAUCUACUCAGGCAGUGAUCUCUCUGGUAGCGUUCCUCAAUCUUUCGGCAUCCUCCCCGAACCUGCUGGUGGCGUUUUCCUGGUUGUCGGCUUGAGGAACGGAAAAGUGAUCAUCUUCACUUUGAAUGCUCUGUCUCUCCCUCUUGUCGGGCUUGGCACAACCCGAAGACUUGCUGAGUCUCCGAUCACCUUUGUCAGUAUCACUUCCUACGCUGGUCCAUCGCUGAUCGCCCUUGUGGAAGAUGUAGCCUUCCUGGUGACGCCUUCUCGUGCCUCCUUGCAGUUUCAGAGGAUCGGGUUUCAGCCCGGCGGUAUCUCCCACGCGGCUCCCUUUAUCUGCGAUGCCUGUCCACUUGGGAUGGCGAUAGUGGUGGACGGGCAACUGAAGUUGGUCUCUAUUGAUCGUUGUGAGAAGUUAGACGUGAAAACUAUCCCGCUUGCUUUGGAAUCGGAACAUACUGAGUCGGAGUCGAAGCUUGAGGACAAUUUCAUGCCUGCACGUGUUGUGUGGCACCCUGACGCCAAGCUUGUGAUUGUUGGUUGUAACUACAGCCGCAAAGUCUGCGGAGCAGAAGAGGAACCUGAGAACAAGGUGAUGUGUUGUGAGCUGCGACUGAUCGACCAUGUUUCCUGGUCUACAGUGCAUGUUCAGCACAUUGGCGAGAACGAGCGGAUCCAUGCUCUUGCUCUUUACCGUACACUUGAAGAUGAAGUUCUCGUUUGUGUCGGGACUGGACCUGAGAUUUCUCUUGUGUCCAAAGCUCAGCGCGAGGUUGAAAGUACAUCCUUGUUUGAAAAGAGAUCAGCAAGCUUGAAUGAAAACGAGUCGGAGAGGAGUUCUGAUUCAGACAAUGAAGACCAAGGUGUAGGUGAUGAAAGUCCGACGGGCAACGAGACCAACUUGAAGAGGAGAAGAAGGGAGAGCAAGGUCAACUCUAGGUUGCUCAUAUGGCGUAUUGUUCAGAAAUCGGGAGCUCCCGAACUUGUUUUGGUUGCCUCCAUCUCAACCAGGAACGCUUGUCGCGCCAUCUGUCAGUAUCAGAGCUGCCUGGCGGUUGCGACAGGAGAGACUUGGACCCUUUAUGAGUUCAGCCGUGUGAGAUUGGAAAAGAAGGAGAGGAGUUGCAACAAGACUCGGUUCAGGCGGUUGCUUAGCAAGACUGCACGUUUCUUGAUCACGAGUUUGACGUCCAACGGAUUUCACCUGGCUGUCGGCGACUGUGUUGACAGUUUCAGCACUUGGAGGAUUGCGUUUCCAGUCUUCUCGUGGCAGAUGAGAGCGACGAGGGGGUAUUUUGCUCGGCUAGAAGUCCGAGUCUGUACAGAAUCUCCUCAAGCUUUGAAGCUCGAGGACUGCGCCAUCGAUCUUCUUGUCGGGAAUGGUUUCCUACCCACCAUUGACAACUUCACUUUCAAAUUCACUCCCACGUCUGGGGGUUGUGAGUUCUGGAAAGAGACUUCCGAGGGCGUUCACUUUGCCAUGGUUGACUAUCAUGCUUGGGGCAGCGACGAAGGUCCACCGGAAGGCACCAAGCUGAAGCCAGUCUACAUUGCUAUUCACGCGAAAGCAUCUCAAAGUGAAGUGAAGGGAGCCUUCCGUGAAUGCUUUCAGAGCGAGCGAGGAGGAGAUCGAGUUGAAGUUUGCAGAAGCAGAUUCAGAUCGUUGGCCGGUGAAUCACAGCAGUGGUGUGAAGGAUUUUGA